AUGUCUGGACUGAAUGCAUCUCUUGGAUACUUUGUGUCUGUAGUACUUUUUGCAGCCUUAGUCAGAACACUCCUUAAAAAAUGGUCACGGCUUAGCUUCAUGUUGGAGUUUGCUUCCUCUUUCAUGCUGGUGGCAUGUUUGUUGGAGGUGCAGACCAUUGUGGAGGUGGGUGAGUGGGCCGGGGGCUUGGGUCCUGAUGUGACUUUAACCAUACUGUUUGUGGCGCUGCUAACCCACGGUGUGAUCUGUGGAGAUGCAUCAGGGAAUCCCACCCUGGUUGUGCUGAAGUUCCUGCAGCUGGAGGCCACCACCCUGCCCACUCUCUUUGCUGUUGCAGCCCAGUUUCUUGGGGCCCACGUAGCCCUUCUUGUAGCUAUAUACUACUGGAGUCUGGAGCUGACAGACAUGCACAUGAUCAAAAACCUGAUGAUGAGAGAGUGCAGCACAUCUCUGCGGGUUUCUUUGCUUGAGGGUUUUUUCACCGAGUGUGUUUGCACUCUCAUCUUUCAUUUAGUCCAUCUAAACCUGCGACGCAGAUCAGUUCUGAUCCGGGUGCCCCUGAUCGCCGUCCUCCUCACUUUCCUGUCUCAUAUAGCCCGAGGCUUCACCUCGGCUUACAUGAAUCCCUCCUUGUCCUAUGGCCUCACCUUCCAAUGUCCUGGAUUUACCUUCACAGAGUAUGCAGCAGUGUACUGGCUUGGCUCUCUCACAGGCAUGUUUCUGGCUCUUCUCUUGUACAUGGGUCACAUUCCAAGGAUUUUUUCCAAGAACCUACUAUAUUCUCAGAAGACACGUAUGCGAGUGCAAAAGGGGGACAAAGGAGAAAAGAAGAAAAUGUGA